CAUUUAUUAGUCCAAGCUACAAAUCCCUUUCCCCACCUAAAUUCCUUGUUCCUUCUCUCUCUCUCUAUCUAUAUAUUGUUAUUGUUCCUUCUUCCCUAUGCAAAAGUAGAAAAAGAGAUCAUGGAACUUGGUUUAACCUUAGGAGAUUCUUCAAAGCCUCUAAUUGGCUUAAUGGAAAAACAUCCUCAUCAAGGUUCUAAAGAACUUGGCCUAGGCUUCAACACCACUUUAUCUAUUGGUCCAAACAUCACUUCUCAAAUAGAUCAACUUCAACAAGAAGAACAAAACACUAGAAGUGAAAAUUUGCAUCAACUUGAUCUUCUUCCUCAACUCUCCUUCCCAUGGAAUCCUCCUUCUCAAAACGAGUUUGGAGUCUCACCAAGGGGCUUGGAAGUGAACGUGGUUCCACCGGUAACCGCCGUGGCUAUGGCGGAAGAUGAAGCUGUUCUUUCAUCGUCACCUAACAGUGCAGCAUCUUCUUUUCAGAUGGAUCUCUGUAUAUACAGCCGUGGUGGAAGUGGUUGUGGUGGCGGCGGCGGUGGGAGUUUGAGUGGCUCAGGCGAUGGUGAAGGUUAUGAUCAAAGAAAUUCUUCAAGAGUUAGCGAUGAAGACGAUAACAGUGGCCUUGGAAACACAAGGAAGAAACUUAGACUCUCAAAAGAUCAAUCUGCUUUUCUUGAAGAAAGCUUCAAAGAACACCACACUCUAAAUCCAAAACAAAAACUGGCACUUGCAAAACAACUCAACCUCCGACCUCGUCAAGUAGAAGUCUGGUUCCAAAACAGAAGAGCAAGGACAAAGUUGAAGCAAACAGAAGUGGAUUGUGAAUAUCUAAAGAGAUGCUGUGAGACACUAACGGAAGAGAAUAGAAGACUACACAAGGAGCUUCAAGAAUUAAGAGCUUUAAAAACUUCAAAUCCAUUCAACAUGCAGUUACCAGCAACUACUUUAACUAUGUGUCCUUCUUGUGAACGUGUUGCGACGAAUUCUACAGCAACUUCUUCUGUCACUAAUACAAGUGCUACUAUACAUGCUAAUGAUGAUUCAACUUCAAAGGUUAAUAUUGGAUUUCCUUUUGGAAAGUCAAAGUUUCAGCCACAACAACAUCUUGAGUUGAAUUGAUUAUAUUAAUUGAAAAUAUUGGAAAUUGAUUUGGUUUUGUAUAUAGGGAAUUUUGUGAGAGGAUGAUAGUGUUUUUUUUUUUUGUUUUUGCUCCCUUUGUUUGUUUGGGAGUUGAUAUAGAUUUUCUGAUAAUUGGAUUUUGUUUUUUCUAGUUGUUUUGGAUUUAUGGUGAAAUUAGAAUGAAGGGAGAAGAAAAUUUCAGACAUGUGAAGUUAGAUAUUGAAAAAGACAAAGGAAAUUAAUGAUAUACUGAAUUUUGUGAUAGAAAAUAAAUCUUUUUACCCAUAGUAUA